AUGGUGUUGGGGCGCGGGCGCGGGCCGGGGGGGGGGGGGGGGCGGGGGCUGGCGCGCACGGGCCGCAGGGGGGGCACUUGGCGGGCGCGGCCGGGAAGGGUGGGCCGCGGGAGGGGGAGGGACGGCGGGGCUACCGGAGGGGAGGGGGGGUGCGGGAGGGUGGGGGGGGGGGGGCGAAGGUGGGGGGCGGGGCUGUGGGAGAGGGGCGGCGGGGGGGCGGCCGGGCAGGGGGAGCGCGGGUGGCGGAGGGGGCGGCGAGGGGGGGGGGAGGCGAGGCAGGGGCGAGGCGGGGGUGGGGGGGCGGGGAAGGGAGGGCUGCCGGGUGGCGGGGGCGGGGGGUGCAGCGCGCCGAAUGGGUGGAGGGUGGGGGUCGAGGGGCGGGGGCGGGCUGGGGGGCAGGAGCGGGUGGCGCGGGUGGCGAGGAGGCCGGGCGGCCGCCAGGGGGGGGGGGCGCGGCGUGCGCCGGGGGGAACCGGGGAAGGGGGGGGGGGGGGGGGGGGGGGGGGGGGAGUGGACGAGGCGAUGGCGGGGGGGGGCGGGGGGGAGGGGGGCCGAGGGACGAGGGGGGGCGGGGCGGGAGGACGGGGGGUGCGAGGAGCGGGGAGGCGAGAGAGCUGCGGGGACGGCGCGCGGGGGAGGGGAGGGAGCGGGGGGGGCGGAUGCUGGGAGGGACCGGGGGAAGGGUGGAGGGGGGGGGGGGGUGGCGGGGGGGAGGCGACGGGGGGGGCUAGGGGGGGGCGGGGGGUGGGGGAGGGUGGGGGGCGGGGAUGGCCGGGACGACUCGGGGGUGGGGGGGAUGCGAGUGGUGGGUGGGCGGAGGGUCGGGCCCGCGGCGGGACGCGGCGGCGGGCGGGGGGGGCGCAGGGGACGGGGCGGGCGGGGCAUGGAUGGGGCGGUGGACCGGGAGGGGGCGGAAGGCUGGGUGGUCGGGAGGGGGGGCAGGGAGGGCAGGUAAAGGGGGGGGGGGGGGAGGGGGGGGGGGAGGGGGGUCGGGGCUGGAGGGGGCGGGGCGGCGGGUGGGGGGGGGCGGGCGGGAGUGGGGGGGAGGCGGUCGAGGGCGGCGGGCGGAGGGCUAUAGGGGGGGGAGGGGCAGGAGGGGAGUGGCGGGGGCGGGGAGGGCGGGGGGGGGGGGGGGGACGAGGGGGGGGGAGUGGGGACGGGGGAGGCGCGAUGGGGGGGGAAGGGGCGGGGGGGGGGGGGGAAGUAGGCCGGGCUGCGAUGGGCGGGGGGGCUGGGAGGUCGGGCCAGCGCGGUGGCGGGUGGGGGGGGGCGGGGGGGGGGCACGGGGGGGGGGGGGUGGCGGGGGGUGGGGUAGCGAAGGGGGAGGGUGCGAGAGAGCGCGGAGGGCCGGGGGGGCUACCGACGCCGGGGGGGAGGGGGGGGGGGGGGGGGGGGGGGCGAAGGAGGGAGGACGCGGAGGGGGGGCGGGGUGGGCGCCGGACGGGGAGGGGGGGGGGGCGUGGGGGGGGGGGAGGGUGCGAGGCGCCGGGACGGGGAGGAGGGGGGAGAGGUGGAAAGGGGAGGGGGCGGGGGGGGGGGGGGUGGUGCGCGGGGGGGAAGAGUAGGAGGGGCCGGGCGAGGGCGGCGCCGGGGGGGGGGCUGACGGGGGGGGGGGGGACAGGAGGGGGGCGGGCCCGGAAGGGAAGGGGUGAGAGGGUGGUGAGGGGCGCGGUGGGGGGGCGGGAGGGGGGCGGGGGGGGGGGGGGGGGGGGGAGGGAGGGGUGA